AUGGAGGUGGAAGCUUCUGGUGACGAGGACUUCUGGGAACGGGUGUCCUCCGCUGAGCCGUCGCAGGGGCCGACCCCAUUACACACCCCGCGCUCGCCCUCGGAGCUGCCGCAGUCGCCACACGGAGUUUUCCUCUCACAGCCGGCUUCAAUUGAUGAGCCUCUGCUUCUGCUGGACGAAGAUCGGGUGCAGGAGCGGCAUGAAGCAGAGAGAGUAGCCCUUCAUGAGGAGCUCGAGGAAGCAAGGCGUACUGGAAAGGCGGACCGGGCAGCAGCGGAUGCCAUGUCGGACAAGGUGGAGGAACUUCAACGAGAACGUGAAGAUACCUGUCGGGAGAAACACAGGCUUGAGAAGGAGAACGAGGUCCUUCGUCUCCAGCUGCAAGACCACCAUGGCAUUAUGGCAGCAGAAUGGGGGCAGACGCUGCAGUUCCAAGAGAGGCUUCGUCAGGAAGAAGCAGAAGUCGAGCGGUUGGCCUUCGAGGUUGCCGAGCUCCGAGCUGCGCUUGUGCUGCGCGACGAGGAGCUGGGCCACCUCCGCCGGGAUGCGGCGCAAUGGAGACUUCUGUCGCGGCACAAGAGCGGGCUCGGGGACGUCAGUUCCGAUGAGAUUGAGCGUGUCCUCGAGGAAGCCGGGCCGGGCCUGGCCCAGCUUGAGGCCGAGUCCCGCGCACGUGCUCGAGUCGCCCGCAGCCAGCUGCGAGACGAGCUGGAGCAGCAGCUGUGUGCCGUGUGCAGAGAUUCCAAGAAGGCGGUCCUGUUUCUGCCGUGCCAACAUCUAUGCGUUUGCGAAGGGUGCCGGCAAAGACUUCGACCCUAUCGAUGCCCGAUGUGCCAGGAGCCUAUUCAGAGCCACAUCUCUCGCGUCCAUUUCUGA